UACACACACAUCAUGUCGGCAAUGCCGGUCGUCUGGUGUUCGGAUCCGAACUCUUCGGAAAAGAAGCAACCGUUCGCGCUGCAGGGCAUUCAGCUGCAGGGCAACAUCACCGAGAAGCAUGUGCUCGCGAUGAAGGAGCUGAUCAACGCCGCUUCGGAAGGUCGUCUGCUGCUACCUACCGACGGUGCCAUUGUCCUGCUCGACUGUGGGCUCAGCAUCGGCAGCAUGGUGAUCGAGGGCAAGGCGGGUAAGGAGGUCGCUGCAGCAGCCGCAACCGCCACCACCACUGCGUCCACAGAAAAAGGCGAUGCUACCGGUAAUCAUAAAUCAAUUCUGCCCUACCGUCCUGCCGCGGCCAAUAAUUGUGAACCGUCGCCGGUCGACGGGGGAGACUGUAAUAAUCAUAAUAGUAGCAGUAGCAGUAGCGAUGAGUCUGAUAGAAUAGCCACUAGUGAUAGGCAGCGGCGGCUGGAAGCAGCCGAGAAGCUGCGCGUCAUGCUGGAACGGCAGCUUGACGGGGGGGACAUUGAUCCGGAUCAGCCAAAUGCAACGGUAUCUCAUCGGGAGGCGGAUGAUGAUCGAGGCAGAGAGGGUGAAAAUCUAGACAAUCGUUUGGGUGCUGUUGAACGGGAGAUUGAUUUUCCAAUCGAAGAAGAAGCUGCUGCAAAGCAGACACAUUCAGCCGAGCUUGAUGUGGACGGUGAGGAGGAGGAUGAGGAAGAAAAUGGAUGCGAAGAACCCGGUGCGGUGGAGCGGAUGGGUUCUUCCUUAGGAGGGGCAGGGCCCGAACUCCUGUACGAAUUUUUGUGCUGUGCCAAAUGUAUGAACGAUCCGUCGUCCAGCUGCUCCAACAUGCCAAGUCAUCGAACACGCAGCCUAACAGCGCUCAACAACAGUUCCAAGCUGUUGUCGCGCGUAUUAAACGGCCGAGCAAAGGCGCGGCUAUACUGCGAUCCCGUUUAUAGCAUUUCCAAUUUGUACUUCAAACGCUUCAUCAAUUACAAAAUCACCAAAAGCCGACGGCCGGUGAUACGCAAAAGUUCAAGCCGUAGCGAUCGUUCUGCUGGUGCGGGAGGAGGAGACUCGCCUGGAGGAGUCAGUGCCGCUCCAGAUGGGGGUGGUGGAGCUGGUGGCAAGAAGAAGCAUUAUGCCGAAGGGUGUCCGGUGUACGCGACCGUAAACAAGAAGUUGAAGUUAAAGUCACGUCUGGAUGCACUACGACGCAGUGGUCACAUGAAGGAGGGCAGUCUCGGUGCGAGAAGAAUGCGCGUCGAGCGCGCCAAUCAUAGUGAUGCUACACGGCAGCCGGCAAAAAGGUUAGAAAAGCAGGAAAUUGCACCGGAUGCUGCCAGUCCGUUGCCGGAAAUUUUCAUCACUGGUACAUCCGGAUCACCGGCGAAGGUGUUGGGUAGCUCCAGUAGGAAGACAAGUUUUGACUCCACUUGCACAGUUAGUUCGAUGGAUUCGGGCUUCAUCGAUCAGCAGCAACGGCAGCAGCUAAAGCAACAGCUACAACAACUACAGCAGCUGAAAGGGUGCUCCGGUAGCCCGCAGGAGGAACAGCCGCAGGGCGGUAUUAAUGCCAGUGAGCAGGAGGAAGACGAUGGUAGCGAUCGAUUGAAUGAUCUGUCGCGUGUACAGAUCAAAGAGUGUCUAGUGACACAGUCGCGCAAUCGGCGCAAGUCAUACGAAGAGUUUAAGUCCCUCUUCCGGCAGGAAGCAGCGCCGGGUGCGGAUGCUGUCGUUGUUGGGCACGCUGGACGCGCCAACAACACGGCCGGAUUGCCAUUGCCGAGUGUGGAUGAGAAGGAAAGCGUUAAGGCGAGACGCAAGUCAUACGAGGAGUUUAAGGCGUUAGUCAAAAUUUGUGAUACUAGCUUUAGCAGUUUGAAAACGACGGCCGAGGAGGAGCCGGAAAGGGAGCAGAAAGAAGGAGAAAGACCUGAGCAAGACACGAGGACACGAAAAUCGGCAACAUUACCUGCCUCACCAUCGAUCAACAACAGCGUCGGGAAUCUGUUCAAGAUGAAGCGUAAAAAUUCGCGACGACUCAGCCUGAAGAAACCUUCCUCGGUGGGCGGUAAUGGUGGAGACAUCCAGCGAUCCGAGUCGAGCCGGGAGGUGGUAAAGGGUAGCACCAUUUAUGACAUUCUUCGCAGCGAUCGGAAAUCGUCGGUAUCGAGUCCACUGAUCAAGGAUCUCGGACAGCUGGCGCUCACCCGAACGGCAGAUGAAAUUUAUAGGAAAAACUAUAAAAUCUACGACAAACUGAUCUCGUACGGGAGUAAAGCCUACAAGCGAUAUGACAAAUACAUGACGUACGGCACUAUAUACGAGAUUCUGCAUCGUAAGUCAGACGCCGCGGAAGACGUUUUUCUGCGAAAGCGCGCUCUUUCGGAGAAGUACGCCAAGCGAAAGGUUGGAACUGCUUCACACUACGGUUCGGUAAAGUUGGGCACAAUCUAUGACAUUUUGCAAGGCAAACAUCAGCAACUGCAACAGAUUGAUGCUAGCGCACGGAAGAAGUCUGCACCGGGACUGGACGAAACACCGCCCCCGACGCUUUCCACAAUUUACGACAUCAUUCACUCGAAGAAAGCUGCCGAUCCUUCGUCACCUAAGGACAAAACGGGCAAGAAUCGAUUUUUGGUGAAGAAAAUCACCGAAGAAGAGCUGCAUCUGAGCAACGAAAAUAACCGCAACGAGCUAAAUCUGGCCACCGGGACGGGCACUUCCAAAGCAUCGCUCGAUGGAAGCAGCUCACCGAAGGCCGCUGAUGAUGCUACUGCUGACGGUGUACCACCGUCUCCCGACUAUACGAUCCCCAAAUCAAUGGGACAAGCUAGGAAGCCUGCACGUACGCGUCGCUUCUCGAAUAUUCUCUCGUACAGCUCGCAUUCUGCUUCACCCAAAACAUCGAGUGCUGUGGCCACUCUGACACCAGCAACAAUCGAAGAACCUCGCCUAGAUAAUCCACGGCUAAAGCAGAUCGCGGCUAGUGAUGAGGACCUGUACAAAAGUGCCACGGCAAAGCUGCGAGCCGCUCAGCAGCAGGUACAGCGCCAUCAACUGUCAGUGGAUGAGCUGUACGCACGGAUCGGCAAGCUGCGAAAAUCGGCCACCGUCUCUUCGGCCCUUUGCACCAAAAUCGAUGAAGUUGUCGGUGAUGAAGGGGGCGAAGCACAGGUUACGGACCCUAUCAAAGUGUUGGAACCUCUGCAACCUACUAGACAACGGCAUCAGCUUAACGUGCCAGGUCGACGAGAGUUUGGCCCGGCGGAUGAACUUCAACCCGGGGCGAUCUUUAAAUCGAACUCGCUUGAUAUGCUCGCGCCCAAAAAGUUGUCCAGAACGGCACGUUGGAGCAAACAUAUGCACGAUGCUGCCAACGGGCUGAGCGGUCCCAUCCGCAAACUGUCGCCAUUGAUAAUGCCGAUGAAGCGGAGUAGUGGGUUAGGCGAGCAAAAGAAGAGCACCCGACGGCUGUCCGAGUUCACGCGAGGUGAAUUUCUCAACGAGAAACCAUGGUACUUCCGCAAGAUCAAAAGAAUAGAGGCGGAGAAGAAGCUGCUGCUGCCAGAGAACGAGCAUGGUGCAUUUUUGAUUCGCGACUCGGAAAGCCGCCAUAACGAUUAUUCCCUAUCCGUGCGCGACGGUGAUACGGUGAAACACUACCGCAUAAGGCAGCUGGACGAGGGCGGUUUCUUUAUUGCACGAAGGACCACAUUCCGCACACUGCAGGAGCUGGUUGAGCACUACUCGAAGGAUUCGGACGGUUUGUGCGUGAAUCUAUGCAAACCGUGCGUACAGAUUGAGAAACCUGUCACGGAUGGUCUAUCUCAUCGCACACGCGAUCAGUGGGAAAUCGAUAGAACGUCGCUGAAGUUCGUGCGCAAGCUCGGCUCCGGACAGUUUGGCGAUGUAUGGGAGGGUCUCUGGAACAACACUACCCCGGUCGCCAUCAAGACACUCAAAUCGGGCACAAUGGAUCCGAAAGAUUUCCUUGCCGAGGCACAGAUCAUGAAGAAGCUGCGGCACACCAAGCUGAUCCAGCUGUACGCUGUCUGCACGCUGGAGGAACCGAUCUACAUCAUCACAGAGCUCAUGAAGCACGGCUCAUUGCUAGACUUUCUGCAGGGUAAGGGCAGAUCAUUAAAGUUGCCACAGCUCAUCGAUAUGGCGGCCCAGAUUGCGGCCGGUAUGGCAUACCUCGAGUCCCAGAACUACAUCCAUCGUGACUUGGCCGCACGUAACGUGCUGGUCGGUGAUAAUAAUAUCGUCAAGAUUGCCGAUUUCGGAUUAGCUAGAUUAAUCAAAGAAGAUGAAUAUGAGGCACGCGUUGGUGCCCGGUUCCCGAUCAAGUGGACCGCACCGGAAGCGGCCAACUACAGCAAAUUCUCGAUCAAAUCCGACGUGUGGAGUUUCGGCAUCCUGCUCACAGAGCUGGUCACAUACGGCAGAAUACCGUAUCCGGGCAUGACGAACGCCGAAGUGUUAACACAGGUCGAGCACGGGUACCGCAUGCCACAGCCACAGAACUGCAACACACCGCUGUACGAGAUCAUGCUCGAAUGCUGGAACAAGGACCCGAUGCGGCGGCCCACGUUCGAAACGCUCCAGUGGAAGCUGGAAGAUUUCUUCACCAUGGACCCAAGUGAAUAUAAGGAAGCCGCACCCUUCUGAUAAAUGUCCGGCCGCGCCAACGACUUUCCAUCGACACUGCCGUCGAUGCCGGAGCAAACGA